UCUCAGUCUCUCUCUAAAAUUCAAUUCUUGUAUGAAUUAGAAAGGUUACCCAUCACGCUAUUCAUGCCAACUUUUAAGUUUAUUACUAUAACUGUGGGUUUCAAACUGUACCCUUUUUGUCUAACACUUGAUAAGUUGCUAUUCCACCUCUUUUGGGGUUUUCUAAAGGUUUGAGCUUCUUUUUAGUUGGGGAUUAAAUGUGCAGCUAGAGAGUAAAUUCUAAGCAAAGUUUCAGGAGAUAAUACAAUGCCCCAUUCUUGUUUUAAACUGCACUAUCUUUACCUCUGGGCUUAACUAUCAUCCUCUAGUUUUAAGUUGGUUAAAUUUUGAGUUGUGGGUAGUUUUGAAUGCCUCAGGGUUGUUGGGUAUGAAUUGAAGAAAGGUGGUUGAGAUUGUAGAUGAAGUGUCUGUGAGGUUGUACUGGCUAUUGGGCAGGUGUUUCUUUGCGAAAGUAUAGAUGGAUCGUAGGAGCUGGCUGUGGAGGAGGAAGUCAUCCGAUAAAAGUCUGGGUGAAACCGAAAGCUCUGGAUCGAUAUCUUCACAUUCUGAAAGAUUUUCUGAUGAACAGGCCUACUCAAAUCAGAAUGUUCAUUCACCUGAAGUCACAUCAAAAGCUAUAACCCCUGAUGAAGAACAUGAUGAUAGCGUGAAGACUUUAAGAGAGAAACUAGCUACAGCACUUCAAAACAUUAGUGCAAAGGAUGAUUUGGUAAAGCAGCACUCUAAAGUUGCUGAGGAAGCAGUCUCAGGAUGGGAGAAAGCUGAGAACGAAGUGUUUUCUUUAAAGCAACAACUUGAGUCUUUAACUCGGAAAAGUUCAUCAUUUGAAGAUCGAGCCAUCCAUCUUGACGUGGCACUUAAGGAAUGCAUGAGACAGCUCCGCCAAGAAAGGGAAGAGCAAGAGCAAAAGAUCCAAGAAGCUAUUAACAAGAACAAAAUAGAAUGGGACUCUACAAAAUCUGAACUUCAGGAACAGCUCGUUCAUCUUCAGUCUCAACUUAAAUCUGCAAAAAGUGAGGCUGUCACCUUCUUACAUGUUGAUCUUCGCUCUAAGCUCAGAGCUGCAGAAAAUGAGAUCUCAUCCCUUAAACAAGAGCUCUUUUCCAGAGCAGAGGAGCUAGAACUUAGGACCAUUGAGAGGGACUUGAGUACUGAAGCUGCUGAAUCAGCUAGCAGACAAAAUCUGGAAAAUGUAAAGAAGGUGGCUAAGCUUGAAACCGAGUGCCGUAGACUCAAAGCAAUGGCUCGUAAAGUAUCUUCUUCUAAUGAUCAGAGGUCUGUUACUGAAUCCUCUGUUUAUGUGGAAUCUUUGACAGACAGCCAGUCUGAUAUCGGAGAGAGGCUCUCAUUUGUUGAAAGUAAUACACGUAAGGUUAGUGAAUUGGAGCCAAAUCCCUCCGACUCCUCGUCGUUAUUAGAGUUGACUAAUUCCAAAAAUGUGAAAGCAAUUGGAAAAAACUGUGAGACCCCUUCACUUGAUAUUAGUAUCAUGGAUGACUUUCUUGAGAUGGAAAGGUUUGUGGCAUUACCUGAUACCCAUAAUGAAAGCUUGCAUGAGUCGAGACCUAUUACAGCUCACACAAAUGGAGAGGAUAUCACUAUAAUAAGUGAGCUUGCUAUCAUGAGAAAUCGGAACACUGAAUUGGAAGAGAAGUUAGUGAAGAUGGAAGCAGAUAAAAAUGAACUUGAGGAAUCUUUGACCAAGUACCAAGACCAUAUUAGGACGUUAAGAGAGUGUCUAGAGGAAGCGGAGAUGAAAUUGAUGAAGAUGGAAACAGAUAAGAAUGCGUUGGAGACAUCUUUGACUGAGCACAAAGAUCAGCUCGUGACAGUAGUGAAUCAUUUAGAAGCAGCAGAGAAGAAGUUAAUGGGGAUGGAAAAAGACAAACACAAGUUAGAGACAUCUUUGACUAAGCACCAAGAUCAGCUUAAAAAAGUACAAGAUCGAUUAGAAAGAGCAGAGAUGAAGUUUGUGGAGAUGGAAAGAGAAAAGCACGAGUUGGAGACCUCUUUAGCUAAGCACCAAGAUCAGCUUGGGACAGUAAGAGGUCGUUUAAAAGAAGAGGAGACGAAGUUGGUGGAGUUGCAGGAUCAAUUAUUCACAGCAAAUGAAGCAAGACAAGCUGUCGAGGCAGAACUUCAUGGUACCAAUCUAAAGAAAGAAGUAGCAGAGUCACGACUUAAAGAUGUUGACAAUGAAUUGAAAACCAUGAGUGCCAGAAUUUCCAGCUUAGAGGAAGAAGUUCAAAAGGAAAGGUCAGUUUCUGAAGAAACUAUUUCUAAUUGUCGGAAACUGGAACAAGAAAUUUCAAGAUUGCAACAUAAAAGUGAACUACAAAGAGCUUCAAGUCCACACAGAAGAAACUUGAAACAGAAUCAGGAUAAAGAGUUAGCAGUUGCUGCCUAUAAGUUUUCCGAGUGCCAAAAAACAAUUGCUUCUCUUGGUAGGCAGUUGAAAUCUCUUGCAACACUAGAAGAUUUCUUAAUUGAGUCAGACGAAUCAAGCAUGAUUACUGGAGCAACCACAGCCACCUGAAAAUGUUUUUCAGCCAGUUUCUCCGAUCUGACUUGAUUUCUGCUGUGAAGAACUUCUGUUCUAGAAUUUUUGGUGUCGGUUGUUGAUCGUGCAAGUUCUCCAGGGAAAGAGUAUAGAAUAUUAUCAUCUGUCAUGAAACAAGAUAUACACCCUCUGCAUGGAUACAAUAUUUCAUGCCAGUACACAUGUCUCCCGCAUCAGCAGAACGAGGGACGUAGUCAUACAGUAUAUUUUGCAGUAUACGAUGCAAGAAGACAUGUAAACCAGGUACAGAGGAAACUACAAUUACUAUUACAAGAAAAAUAUAAGUAUCAGGUUUCACCUUGGAACUUUGUAAAGGCUCUAAAUCCAAACCUGAUAGCAGCAGCUAUGCUUAAACCUUAUGUGAACCACACUGUGACAGCAAAUUGGAUAUACAACAGAAAGUUUGAGUUCA